AUGUCCAACCACCUACCAGCCUCCGGAGGCAACGGCAGCCACGGGGCGCGCGCAGGCGAUUCCGGGCUCCGAUACCCGUCGAACGGCAAGACGAUCUAUCACCGGCCACUCAACCGCACCAAGACGGCGGAGCUGAGCAAGGCGGCUUUUGCGUAUUUGUUUGCGGAAAUGGUGUCGUAUGCGCAGAGGAGGGUGACGGGGAUUCAGGAGUUGGAGAAACGACUCAACCUCCAAGGCCAUCCCAUAGGCCUCAAACUCCUCGACCUCCUCCUCUUCCGCGAACCCCCGCGCUCGCAACUGCGUCCACUGAACAUCAUCGCCCUCCUGCACUUCAUCAAGAUUAACAUCUGGACGCAUCUCUUCGGGCGACAAGCCGACCGGCUCGAGAAGUCUUCCAACCCCGAUACACCGGACGAGUUCAUGAUCAUCGACAACGAACCGCUUGUGAACGCGUACAUCAGCGUGCCGAAGGAGAUGAGCCAGUUGAACUGCGCGGCGUUUGCGGCGGGGAUUAUUGAGGGGGUAUGUGAUGGGGCGGGGUUUCCCGCUAGGGUGACGGCGCAUACGGUUGGGGAUACGGCUGGUGGGAGUAAUGGGAGUGGAAGUGGAGGGACGGGAGGGACAGGAGCGGCGGACGGGGAGAUGUGGCCUGGCCGAACGGUGUUCUUGGUCAAGUUUCAGCCGGAGGUGUUGGAAAGGGAGGCGUUGAUUGGGAAUAAGAGCUGA